AUGCAGACCCCGGGCAGGCCGCCCAGCUGGCCGUGCUGCGGGCCGCGGAGGGGGCUGGGGAGGUGGGGACAGACGCUUCCUUUGGGAUGGAACUGGGGCUUGACGGACCAAGAGGCGCUGGGGGUGCUGUGGACGCCCCUUCCCAGGUUUGCCUGCGCCUCCUCCCUCUACCCCCACCUGGGAGUGCUCUGUGGGCUUUGGGGGGCUGAUCCCUCAAAUGCCCGGGAUGCUCCACCCCAACCCCCAGCCCUGAGCAGGACCUACUUCCCGAUUCCUGCCCCGCAACCCUGCCUCCCGCCCGGUGGGUGGCGGGUGCUGACUUGCCCAGCUCUGCGUGCCGCAGCCUGCAGACUGCCACCAGGCCGCUCCUGGGAGCCGGAGCUUGUGUGCCAGCGCCCGGUGCCCUGUGCUCCCCGGAGGCCUCCCGGGCCCUCUGUUCUGGGAUUGGCCUGGCCAGACGGGGAGGGGUGGCAAGCGCUGCCCCUCCGACUUCUGCCUUCUCUUCCUCCACAGCCGUGUGGCCGGGUCACGGGCUCACCCCCAAUGCCUGGCCCCCUCCUGCCGCCCCCCAAACCCGGCCCUGGGGCCCACCACCGGCUCAGGGCCUCCGACGCCGUGGAAGAGGACUCGGUCUGCUGUGUGGAGGAAGAAGAGGAGGAAGGUGUGGUGGCAGGGGACAGCCGUGUGGCCUGGGAGGGCCCUCGGGAGCCCACCUUGGACUGGGACUCGGGCUUCUCCGAGGUGUCAGGCAGCACCUGGCGAGAGGAAGAGCCGCCUGCCCCUGUGCACCCUGCACCCCCAGCGUGGCGCCCCCACAGGCAGUGCCUCUCCGCCAGCGGCCUCCCCCUGCCCAGCGGGGCCCCCAUAGCCAGGGCGCCACCUGCCCACCGGCCACGGCCCAAGUCCACGCCAGAUGCCUGCCUGGAGCACUGGCAGGGCCUGGAGGCUGAGGACUGGACAGCGGCCCUGCUGAGCAGAGGCCGGAGCCGCCAGCCCCUGGUGCUGGGGGACAACUGCUUCGCUGACCUCGUGCACAACUGGAUGGAGCUGCCUGAGGCGGCAGGCGAGGGGGACCGCGCGGGGGCACCCCGUGCCCGCGCUCGGCCCCCCCAGUUCUUGCUGGGCCUCUCAGAGCAGCUGCGGCGCCAGCUGGCCAGGGCCCGCCGGGCAGCCAUGGCGGGAAAGCGCCUGUCGUGCCCCUCUCGAGCCGAGCCCGAGCUGCCCACGGACACCUCCCGCUUCGCCGCCCUCAUGAGCUGCCGCAGCCGCCAGCCCAUCAUCUGUACCGACGUCAUCAGCUACCUCUGACCCCGCCCCCAGCCCCCCGGACAAUAAAGACCUUGCUCUGGACUGUC